GCUUGAUCGGGAAGAAUGGGAACUAAAGAGGCUUGUAACUACCUGUAACUGUUCCACCAGGAAAUGGAUCAAGUGUUUGUUCAGCCAGACCCAGAUAAAUCAGCCUGUCCAAGGUGCAGUAGCCACCAUGACCUCAGUAGACUGAUGAUGGAAGAAAAGGAAACUGGGAGAUCCUGUGCUCUAGCUUCCCUGGACGAUGGAUGGAGGACAGCCCGUCCCUUCACCCCUAGUGCCCCUUGAGAACGCAUCAUCAGAUUCUAGCAUGUCUCUGGAACAGAAGACCACAUUUGUUUUUGUGAUUUUGUUGUUCAUUUUCUUGGGCAUCCUCAUUGUCAGGUGCUUCCGGAUUCUUCUGGACCCGUAUCGGAGCAUGCCAACCUCGACUUGGGCUGAUGGACUUGAAGGGCUGGAGAAGGGGCAGUUUGACCAUGCCCUUGCUUAGCAGAGGGGUUGCUCCAGAGGAGGUGAAGUGCAUCAUGAUUUGGCAAGGAUUUCUCUUUAGCCAAUAUUCUAAACACACCAAGUUUCAACAACACCCAGUCGUAGGUCCACAAUCCCUCCUUUAUUAACCAUGCCGUUGGGUUACAAAACAUUUGAGGAUAUGGGGGAUGAAGGUUUCUAACACUCGCCAAAAAUAGGAAGGUUUGAAUUUCUCUGUUUAAUCAACGAAUGAAUGCUUCUGAAUACGUGUGGUGGUGAAAGCAAGAGCACCAGCAGUGACAUAAACUUUGCCAUAAAAUGAAGCACUCUCCCCCCUCGACCAGAGAAUAAAGAAUGUAAUGGCUCUGAAAUGAAUCUGGUCACGGGGCCACGAAGAGACUUCGUUGUUCUGAAGGUGUCUCUCAGUUUGCUUUACUAUCAUGGGAAUCAAGUCCCUGGCAGAAAGUAAGGAAGACUGUGCUGAGUGGACCGAAGGAGGUCCC